GCUCAGAGUUUGCAAUAUUAUCGACUUUGGAAGAAGACACGUUGUGCCACAGCGGCCGGCUUCAACUGAAAUACUGAACUCAACCCUGAGCUGAGGAGUUUGGUUUAAUUGCUGUUAAGUUUUUUGCAACUUUUAACACUUCUUGGAUUUAUUAUUACGGUGUCGUAGUUUUGAAAAAUUCAGCAAAUACUCAGAUAAAAAGAACCUUGUUGAUUAAUUUAAAAUCGUGAUGGGUGCCACCUCCAGUCGAGGACUUUCCGUUAGAAAUCCUGAACCACCAGGAAAGAUCAUUCAAAUAACAGAAGAUGUCGCAAAACGUAUGACGACAAGAUAUGGACAAAAUCCUGCCAGUGAACCACAAGGAAGGGCAGAAGCUGAGCAUCAAAGACCACCUCAAGCACAAGUACAACAGUCGUCGUCACAAAUACCUCAACAUGGAAUUUUAAACGUGGGAUCGAAGGGCUUUCCUGUCGUUGAGACUGUUAGUGCAUACGAAGUGAGACAGCAAAAGGACUUUGAACUUCGGAAGAAUGACGAGUUUUGGACUUCAAAAUUAAAAGAUUUGGAAUCUAGGUACAUUGCUGCCGCAUUUGCAGCGGAAGGGGAGUUUAACAAAGAAUUGGAUAAGUUGGAUAAAUUAGUACCCAAUCCCAAACAACCUGUGUGUCAGGAUCACACUAUUAAAGUCGCUGAAUGUUAUCGGCAAAAUAAUAAUCAAGCCUUAAAGUGUUCUGACGUGGUCAGAGAAUUCGCACUCUGUGUGGAGAGUUCAACCCAGAAACCCUCAGCUGCGUAAAAUUAAUUACAGAUGUCCAAACAGCGAGAGAACAGGGCAAAAGUCAGUUCGAAUGUAAUUGCCACCUCAUAACUGUACAGCGAGACGAGUCAUUUUAUGAUUAUGAUACAACUGUAGUUUUUUGUUAGGUUAGCCGAUAGUUAGUUGUGAGUUAAUUUACUUUAGGACCGAUGUUCCUGAGUGUAAAUCAAAAAACUACAAGACCUUGGUAUGGGAUGUAAUAAAGUGAUUGAAAGUUAA